UUCAUGAUAAUCAUGUUUUACACUUGCCACAAAAUCAAAAUACUCACCUCUCUCCACGUCUCUAUUCCCUCUCUCAUUGCUGAAGGAACAAAUUUAAGGUUAGAAAAGUUUUUUGUUCUGCUGUUAAUUUUGAUGACUUCAAAUUUUAUAUGUGGAAGUAUGCUUAUUUGUGCUGAAAUUUUAGGAAGAGUAUAGCUUGGUCGUGAAGAUUCAUAGUACAUUUUUAGGAGAAAAUGAUUGUGCUUUACAACAUCAAACAAUGCCAAUACCUUGCCGCCCUCCACUUGUUCGAUAAAAUGAGUAAUUGAUGACCCUCUCUUGUUUUUAAUUAAAAACGGUUGGGUUAAACCGAUUACUUAAAAGCCUGAAUUUGAAUCUCUAGGCGAUUUUUGUUUCAAACAGGUUUUGUGCCUUAAAAUAUUCUCUCACACACUCUUUAGAUGAAUCUUUCAAUCUUUACAGCAUAUAUAUACUGAAGAAACCACCUCUCGAAUCGAAGAUUGUGCAUCUUUUCAUCAUAUAGGCUCUUGUUAGAGGGAUGAAUUAUGCUAAAGAUUGAUAUCUAAGAGACUUUUACAUGUAGCAAUUUUCCUCUUUUGGAAUGCUUUUUCAUUCUUUAUUUUUUAAAUGUGAAUCCAUAUAGAAGCUGAAUAAUUUGGUAAUUGCACCCAACUGAUAGCACCUUAAAUAUUUUCAGUAAAUUUAAUUUCUUUGUUUAUGAUAUCAUUUUUAUUUAUCAAUGGCUAACUCCAAUCUCAACUCUUUUCCUCGUGAUGUAAGUUUUGAGGUGCGAGAGCCUUUUAGCUCACAGCUGCUUGUUCUGUGCCGAAAAGGUUCAAUUUUGAGCCACUCUUGAUCAAACAUUUUCUGUUGGGAAAUUCCUUUUUGCAAAUUUUAUCGACUAUUCACCUUUUAUGUGUAGUAUAGAAGUAUAUUGAAAGGAAAAGAAAAAUGGAAGUAGUGAAAAAUUUGGUUGAGAUUAUUAGUUUUAUGUGCAACUCCGAGUUCUGGAGAAUGGCAAUGCUUUGGACGCUUUCUCUCAUCUCUUCCUAUAUGAGCCUGUUCUAUCAAACCUUAUUCCCGCAAGAGUCGAGAUGCUACCCUCGUUGUUCACUGAAAGACUCGACUUUUGCGUCUCCAUUCGUGGAUAGGCCAAUCUGCAUAAUAACCGGGGCCACGUCGGGUUUGGGUGCUGCCGCUGCACACGCUCUAGCGAAGGAGGGAUUUUAUGUCGUUCUUGUUGGAAGAUCAUCCGAGUUCUUAUCGCAGGCCGUAUCCGAGAUCAAGAGUCGAAACCCUGAUGCUUACCUAAAAGCUUUUAAGGUCGAUUUGUCUUCCUUUGAGUCGAUCCUCGAGUUCAAACACUCGCUCGAGCAAUGGCUACAUGACUCAAACAUGCAUCCGUCUGUUCAGCUCCUGCUAAACAAUGCCGGGAUCUUAGCAACUUCGCGUAGAGUUACUUCUGAAGGAUAUGAUCAGAUGCUCGCCACGAAUUACAUUGGGGCAUUUUGUCUCACCAAAGUUUUGCGUCCCCUUCUUGAAAACAGCGUGGUUCCUUCCCGUGUGGUGAACGUCUCAUCAUUUACUCAUCGAAAUGUUUGCUGCAGGCACGCGGACACAGAAACCAUAUCCGGGAAAUUCUUUAUGAAAUCAAAGUAUUACCCGUAUGCAUCUAUUUACGAGUAUUCUAAAUUAUGCAUAUUACUCUUCUCGUAUGAGCUUCACCGGAAAGUUGGUCUAACGAAGAAAUCUCAACAUCUAUCCAUUGUUGCUGCGGAUCCUGGUGCCGUGAAAACAAACAUCAUGCGAGAAAUCCCUUCAUUCGUGUCGACAAUGGCUUACACAGCACUGAAACUCUUAGGUGCUCUUCAGUCCUCAGAAACCGGCGUGAACGCUAUUGUUGACGCGGCACUGGCCCCUCCGGAAGUAUCAGGGGUCUAUUUUUUCGGAGGGAAAGGUCGGAGUUUGAACUCUUCUGCUCUUUCAUAUGAUGUCGGGCUUGCGAAGGAUCUCUGGGAUGCUUCGUGCGGCCUGUUCGAAGAGCUGCAAGAGGCUGCCCGACGAGAUGGGAACCGUGCAGCUCGUACCGAUGAAAUCCGAGAUAAAUAGAUUCAUACUCUUUAGAUGUUCAAGAGAAAACUUCUGUAUGUUACUUUUUCCAAUUUUAUGUGGAGUAAUUAUUGUUUUAAUAUA